AUGGCAUUCACGCAACAGAACAAAUUUCAGAACCGGAAAAUUUUCGAAGACUUACAACAAGAAAAAAAAAUCCUGCUGAAGCAAGGAGUUCCACCGUUAAACACCGCAUUACCGACUGCUUUGCCCCCUACGAGAAAUGUUGCCACGAAUAAUGAUGUCCACAUUCCUCCGGUACCACAUCGUCCUACUCUUAUAAACGCUCAAUCGUUUGGAUUCUUCAUCAACCAAGAUUCGUCAUUUGGAAACACAAUUCUGCCAGUUUUACCGAGGUUUGAAUAA